AAACUACACUGUUCUACCUAUUCACACUUACAUGCAGAGGAAAAAUUUAUACUCCUGCCCACUCACUGACUCUGUACAUACACAGUUAGAGUGAGUAAGAUACACCAGAGAAGAAUGUACUCCCCAGGUUCUCAUUGGUUCUGAAAUACAACAUAUAUCUAUCAACAUAACACCACAGUACUGCAGUGCUUACAGUAGCCUUCUUCACUGUAACACAUGGAUUGUAUACAGGCUCAUCUCUUAACAACAGAUACAACUGCACAACACGAAUAUGGAAAAGUGAUUUUAAAAGGCGGCAAUUAUUUCACUGCUGAGCAUGAAACUGGUGCAAUCAAGUAAGACAAAGAUCUUCAUGCAAAGAUUCCAGAUAUUCCAGAACAUUUUUUAGGAAAUUUAUAAUUGGAUCCAUUCAGAAAUAUUUGCUAUUUUUUUAAUAUAAUAGAAACCAUGUGGCUAUGUGUAUAUAUCGUAUUUGUAUUCCUUCAUGGUUCCACAUGCGUGGAUCUAGUUUACCAUGUUGAAGAGGAAAAGAACAUUGGCACUUAUAUUGGAAAUAUUGCUUCUGACUCAAGACUGUGGAAUAUUUUAUCUUUAAAAUAUCGAAACCUUGUUACGUUCAACCAACUUGCCCAGAGACCGACAAGAGGCUCCCAACUAUUCAAUGUUACCAAAACAGGUAAAUUAUUCACCAUCCAGACUAUAGAUGCAGAAUCACUUUGUAUUUACAACACAGAAUGUUUUGACAUUAUCAAAAUUGCACUCCGUCAUGCACAAACUUUUAUCAAAGUUUUAAAAGUGAAAAUUGUGAUAAAAGAUGUAAAUGACAAUCAACCUGGAUUUCCUAUAAAGGCAAUUGACCUCAAAUUUGAUGAAACAAAUGGUAAAGGUACAAAGAAAUCUUUACCAAAUGCUGUUGACAAAGAUGUAGGUAUUUUAAAUUCUCAGAUAGUUUAUACUUUAAAGAAAUCAAACGAACCAUUUUCAUUGACAGUUUCCAAAAGAGUAGAUGGAACAUCUAAACUAGACAUAGUCUUAGGCGAGGCACUGGAUCGUGAAUCUGUGUCGGACUAUUACCUUCAAGUUAUUGCAAAAGAUGGAGGCUCCCCUCCUUUGCAAGGGGUCUUAGAUGUACACAUAACUGUUCUAGAUAUUAAUGAUAAUGCCCCUGUGUUCACUCAAGAAGUGUACAAUGUUACAAUAAAACAUACCCACCAGAGAUCCAUGCCAGUUGUGGUUUUAUCUGCCAAAGAUAGAGAUUCAAAAGAAAAUAGUAAAAUAACAUAUCAUUUUAGUUCCAAGACAUCUGAUAUCGCAAAACAUAAUUUCAAAUUAAAUGAUAAAACAGGUGAGAUAUUUUUGUUACAGAGAUUUUUCUCAGAGCAAUUAAAGAACUAUAAACUAUUCGUUGAAGCAAAAGAUGGAGGGAAUCCUCCAUUAAGUUCCAUCGCAACCGUUAUAGUAAACUUAAUCAAUCAACAGAACAAUGCUCCAGAGAUUGAUGUGAAUUUUGUCUCUGAAGUACAAAAGAAUAUCGCAGCCAUAUCAGAAGGAAUGAAGGUAGGCAGUUUCAUUGCUUAUGUCAGUGUUAUCGAUAAAGAUGUUGGCUUGAAUGGUGAGGUACACUGUACUUUAAAUAGUGAGAAAUUUCAGCUUUUGAAUCUAGGUUCAAAUGAAUAUAAAAUAAUAAUUAAAAAAGAAGUUGAUAGAGAAAAACAAGACCAUUAUAGUAUCAAAAUUUCUUGCCAAGAUAAAGGAUCACCACCGUUAUGGACGGAGAGAAAGUUCUCCAUUCAAGUAAUAGAUGUCAACGAUGUACAGCCUCAUUUCACUAAAGACACAUUUAAGUUUUUGACUUAUGAGAAUGAGGAACCGAAUUUCCCUGUUGGGUUCAUCAAUGCCACAGAUCCUGAUUUGGGUGAUGGUGGUCAGCUUUUGUUUUCUGUAAUAAAUGAUAAUCAAUAUCCAGUACCUUUUCAAAUUACAAACUAUGGCUUCUUAUCAACGACCAAAGCAUUGGACCGAGAACAAUCUAAAUCAUACGUAUUUAAAGUGUCUGUCAGUGACAACGGAACACCACCACUAAACAGUACAGCAAACAUUAUUGUUGAAGUCAUGGACGAGAAUGACAAUGCACCGUACUUCACAUUUCCUAGUGUUAACCCUUUCAGUCUAGAUGUCCAUUAUCACCCACAAAGCAAGAAUGACAUCACAGUUCUGAGAGCUUCAGAUAGAGACAGUCGGGAAAAUGCUUUCCUUACAUUUUUAAUUUUGGCAGGCAAUAAUAAACAAUUAUUUACCAUUAAUCCCCAUUCUGGAGUAUUAGCUUUCUCUCGGCCGGUUUACCAAAAUGAUGCCGGGUCAUACAAUCUUUUGUUGGUUGUGAAAGACAGUGGCAGCCCAGUGCUGUCCGCAACCACUACACUGUCCUUAACACUAACUGUCAGCAACAGAACAUCCCCAAUGUUGACAGCUGCUCACAUCCAAUCUAGUGACAUGAUAGAUAUCAACUUGGUCAUUAUCAUAGUUGUUACGGCUGUGGUGAUAUCAAUUGCUAUAGUUGUUAUAAUAACGAUAUGUAUAGUGAGAUGUAACAGAAGGAGAAAUAUGCUACAUACAGCAGCAAUGAAUCCAGCCAUGCAACCAGGACGAGAGAAAUGUCUAAUGAUAUCUCAAAGCAACAAUCCUUUUGCUAUAACACAGAACCCUGAAGAAGGGGUGCAUCACAGUACACCAUCAAUGAGAUCCAGAAGGGAUUUCUGUCCAGAGCAGGAGCUACCUGUUGAAUGGACAUCAUUAACGUCACCUGGAAAAAGACUUUCUGCUUCUCAGGCUUGUAUUCAAGAAGUUGGAAUGACAUCUGGAAGACACGAAAGAAGGUUCAUUGCAACUCCUGAUCACUAUGGCAGCAAUGUAUCUCCUCAUAAACUGCAAAAUAGCAGUCAGAAUAAAAAGGAUAUGAGUCCUUAUGAAGAAAUUCCUGUUGUUUUCUGUGUUUUAGCAUCAAAAUAUGGUAAAUACUAAAGUGAAAUCAUGUUGCUGAUGAGAUUGAAGAGGAAUUGUUGGACAUUCCAAUUGCAGGCAAGAUGUUUGCAAAUAUUUAUAUCUUUUCUGUACCUUUGAGAGAUUGCUAUAUCUAAAACUAUUGGUUCCAUUAGCAACUGCUGUAAACUUUCUUUAUUAUGACAUGUUAUCAUGUAACCUUCCCA